UCUCAAAUUUCUAAUAAGUCGGUCUUCAGCGAUAUGAAUCUCAGUGUGUUGCUCAAGCAAGCCUUGAACCAUCCUAGUUUUGAGCACAAGAAGAAGAUUUGUCUUGAUUUUGUAGAAAGCAAGACUAACAAUUUAAGAGAAAUCAUGAAUACAUGAAAUGGAAGAGACAAAUUCCUAGCUAUCAUCCAGUACAGUUGUGGAGUCAAAGAUAAUCUUCAGAGAGUAAACGGAGGCUACACUGCUAAAGGAACUAACGUCAGGAAAGCUGUAGAUUGGGACAAGGUCCAGGAGCAACUCUCCAGUGGUAGAAAAGUUUUCCGAUUACUCAAAUGGAGUGAUGAAAUUGGAAACAUGAUAAAGCAUUCAAGAAGUACUCAGAAGAAGGAAUUCUUUAAAGAGGUCCUUUUUUACUCUGGAGGUAUCUGCUCCUUCUUCUACUAUUUCCUUGAUAACAUUAUUUGGGCUAGUUCCAACCGCUAUAAAUUGUUAAGAAGAAUUAAAGACUUAUUUUCAUUAAGUAGAUGAUUAAUCGAAAUUUACAAAAGCUUAUAUGAAAUUGCUACUGACUUGAAGCGGGAAGAGAAGAUCCUUAGAAAGCUUGGACUCUAUGAUGAUUGCUUUAUCGCUGAGACUGAGGAAAGUUACCACCUUAUCAGAGAACUUAUCAAGAUUCGACACCAGAUGAGCUUCUAUGUACUAGAGUUCGUAACCAAUGUACUUAGAGUCUUCAUGCUCUACAAGUCUCUAAGAUUUAUUGGUUCAGAUUAUAUGGAAGAGAUCUUUGUUAAUAUUUGUGGUGUUCUUAGUAACUUCUUUGCACUGUUCAAGACUAUUAAGAGAAAGACCUAUGAAAAGAUCUGACAGAAAGAGAAGGAAAUGUCCAUUAGAAGAGAAGAAAGAGAGGAGAUAGUUCAGGAAGAAGAAAAGAAAAGCAACUUCUUGUUGUUUGAUGAAAUUAUUUCAGGAGAUGAUUCAUCACUUGAUGAAGCAAAUGGUAAAUUAGAGAAGCAAGUUAAGAAGUUCAACCUUGGGAAGAUAACCCAUCAAAAGUCAGUAACAAGCUCUCCCAAGAUAGAAAUUGAGCCUUCCAGUGAUUCUACAAAGCCAAAUAGUACAUUAAAGCAUGCGAAGAGUACUACGGAUGCCUGUAUAACUGGAACUAUUACUGAAUUAAGAAAGGAUGCUUAGACCAAAGUGCCUUUAUACUAUCAGUAAUGCUAUAAGACUUCCAAAGUCAUGGCAACUGUGUAUAGCUCAAUGGUAUCUAUAAAAUUUGACGUCAUCUCUCUAUUUC